AUGACAAUACUUCUCAAGUUCAUCCUGAAAAGGGAGGUAUUUAUAGCGGCGGUCACAUUGAUUGCCGCCAUGAACCUGGUGUCGAUGUUGACAACUCAGUACCAAGUGGCUUAUACUGAGAUUUAUUAUGUGAAUGGUGUUCGCAUCAAUCAUCAUCACGAGAGAAAUAUCGAUCAUUAUGGAAUUCAUAUUGUGGACUAUUUGAAGACGGGCCAUCGUCUUCAUCAAUACCAUGAUCUCAACCACUGGACAAGUGGAUAUGCCUUGUUCACAUCGAUAAUAACACUCAAGACUGUUGCAUUGGCCACAUUGUUGGGUGCCUUCGCCAUCUACAUCAUGCAGCUUAGGAACAAUUAUAUCCAAAGACGUUUGACAAUCUACUUUGUCAUCAUAUACAACGUAUCAUUCCUUCUCAUGAUGUUUGGAGUACUGUCCAUGCUGUUCAUCACUCUGGCCUUCAGGGACGACCGAUCGCCAGACCACUGCGUAGAGCAAGGUCAGAAUGUUAGACAAUGCCGCUCCAUCGCUGGAUCCUUGACAUAUCAUCAUUUCGAGCGUUAUGAGUGGGGUCCUCAGUUUGGUUGGUUCGUUGGAUUGGUGUCAUUGUUCUUGUACUCUGUCAUCGAGAUACCAGUGUUGCUCCAGUUGAGAGAGGCUACAGACAAGUCGAUAAAGUUAAAGGAUAGUGCAUCGAUUGAGGCCAAGGACUUUGACAGCAUGCACAAGAAUUUCAAGGGAGAUGUUGAGGUGAGCAUCCAAUCAACAAGUGAGCAAGUGGAGGAGGGCAAGUGCAACAACAGCACAUGCUAUGAAGUGUUGGAUGAAUAG